UUUUCCCCGGGGAAGGUGCCCGAGGGGUUGGAAAGAGGAGUUGAACUUGCCGCAUUGCAACAGGCGAAAGAAGUGAGAAAAUCAAAUAAUCGAUCCCGCUGCUGCCGCUUCUCCUCGCAAAGUUUGGAGGUGCGGGGGGCGGGGGGCCGAGAGAGAAGGCAGGGAGAGGAAGAGAAGGAAGGGACAGGAGGAAGACGAGGAGGAGGAGGACGAGCCACGGCGCCCGGACAUGUCCAGGAGGAAGCAAGCCAAGCCCCGCUCGGUGAAAGUUGAAGAGGGUGAAUCUUCAGAUUUUGCUUUGACCUGGGACUCGUCAGUGACUCAAUCAGGUGGCCUGGGAGGAGAGCUGGAGAGCGAAGCGAAGGACAGCCGGGCCCUGGAAGAGAGGAACAGUGUGACGAGCCAGGAAGAGAGAAAUGAGGAAGAUGAAGACAUGGAGGAUGAGUCAAUUUACACCUGCGAUAACUGUCAGCAGGACUUCGAUUCACUGGCAGACCUGACUGAACACAGGGCACACAACUGUCCUGGAGGUUGUCUGUUUCAAACAGCAGCAGAGCUAUAUAUGGAUAUUGCCAGCUUGGAAGCAGCUGAUUUUUCUAAACUACUGUACGAUGGUGAUGACGACCCACAACUCUCCUGGGUGGCUUCAUCUCCCUCCAGCAAAGAUGUUGCAUCACCCACUCAGAUGAUAGGAGAUGGGUGUGAUCUUGGCAUCGGGGAGGAGGAAGGGGGGACUGGCCUGCCGUAUCCCUGUCAGUUUUGUGAUAAGUCCUUCAUUCGCCUGAGCUACCUUAAAAGGCACGAGCAGAUCCACAGUGACAAACUACCUUUCAAAUGCACCUACUGUAGCCGGCUUUUUAAGCACAAGAGGAGUAGGGAUCGUCACAUAAAGCUUCACACGGGGGAUAAAAAGUACCACUGCCACGAAUGCGAGGCUGCAUUCUCCCGCAGCGACCACCUCAAAAUCCACCUGAAAACCCACAGCUCCAGCAAACCAUUCAAGUGUACUGUGUGUAAACGUGGGUUUUCAUCUACCAGCUCAUUGCAGAGUCACAUGCAAGCUCAUAAAAAGAACAAGGAACAUAUGGCAAAGACUGAGAAAGAGGUGAAGAAGGAUGAUUUUAUGUGUGAUUACUGUGAAGAGACAUUCAGUCAGACUGAAGAUUUGGAGAAGCACGUAAUGACGCGCCACCCACAGCUUUCCGAGAAGGCAGAUUUGCAGUGUAUUCAUUGCCCUGAAGUAUUUGUAGAUGAAAACUCGCUGCUCUCACACAUUCAUCAAGCCCAUGCCAACAAGAAACAUAAGUGCCCUAUGUGCCCAGAGCAGUUUUCUUCAGUGGAGGAAGUCUAUUGCCACUUGGACAGCCACAGACAACCUGACUCCAGCAACCACAGCAUCAGCCCUGACCCAGUCCUGGGGAGUGUGGCAUCCAUGAGCAGCGCAACGCCGGACUCCAGCGCAUCGGUGGAAAGAGGUUCCACUCCAGAUUCGACCUUAAAGCCUUUGAGAGGACAAAAGAAAACCAGGUCUGUUGACAGAGAGGAAGGCCAGAACUGGUCUAAAGUUACUUACAGCUGCCCCUACUGCUCGAAGCGUGACUUCAACAGCCUUGCUGUUCUGGAGAUCCAUCUGAAGACCAUUCAUGCAGACAAACCUCAGCAAAGCCACACGUGCCAGAUCUGCCUUGAUUCCAUGCCUACACUGUACAACUUAAAUGAACACGUCAGAAAAGUGCACAAAAACCAUGCCUAUCCCAUGAUGCAGUUUAGCAACAUUUCUGCCUUUCAUUGUAAUUACUGCCCAGAGAUGUUUGCAGAUAUCAAUAGCUUGCAGGAACACAUCCGCAUUACUCACUGCGGCCCAAACGCUACCCCUCAAGAUGGCAACAAUGCUUUCUUCUGUAACCAGUGCUCCAUGGGCUUUCUGACCGAAGCUACCUUGACUGAGCACAUCCAGCAGACUCACUGCAAUGUAGGAAAUUCAAAAUUGGAUUCCCCUGUCAUUCAGCCAACACAGUCUUUUAUGGAAGUUUAUUCAUGCCCUUAUUGCACAAACUCUCCCAUUUUUGGCUCCAUCCUGAAGCUUACAAAGCAUAUUAAAGAAAACCACAAGAACAUUCCUCUGGCACACAAUAAGAAGUCAAAAGCAGAGCAGAGUCCAGUUUCUUCUGAUGUUGAAGUCUCUUCCCCUAAAAGGCAGCGGCUUUCUGCAAGCGUAAACUCGGUGUCUAAUGGUGAAUACCCAUGUAAUCAGUGUGAUCUAAAGUUCUCAAAUUUUGAAAGUUUUCAGACCCAUUUAAAGUUGCAUUUGGAGCUGCUGUUGAGGAAACAGUCUUGCCCUCAGUGUAAAGAAGACUUUGAUUCCCAGGAGUCUCUUCUGCAACAUCUCACUGUACAUUACAUGACAACUUCCACUCAUUAUGUAUGUGAGAGCUGUGACAAACAGUUUUCUUCAGUGGAUGAUUUGCAGAAGCAUUUGUUGGAUAUGCAUACUUUUGUGUUGUAUCACUGCACCCUUUGCCAAGAAGUUUUUGAUUCCAAGGUAUCUAUCCAAGUGCAUCUGGCAGUCAAGCAUAGCAAUGAAAAGAAGAUGUAUCGUUGCACAGCCUGUAACUGGGAUUUUAGGAAGGAGGUGGAUCUCCAGAUCCAUGUGAAGCAUAGUCACUUGGGUAAUCCAUCAAAGUCUCACAAAUGUAUCUUCUGUGGUGAGACCUUCAGCACAGAGGUAGAACUGCAGUGCCACAUCACAACCCACAGCAAAAAAUACAACUGCAAGUUUUGUAGCAAAGCUUUUCAUGCCAUCAUCUUGCUUGAAAAGCACUUGCGGGAAAAGCAUUGUGUUUUUGAUGCUAGCGCUGAGAAUGGUACAGCUAAUGGCAUGACCCCAACAAGUAAGAAGACAGAAGGGGCAGAUAUCCAGAAUAUGUUAAUGAAGAAUCCGGAUACUUCCAACAGUCAUGAAGCCAGUGAGGACGAUGUGGAUGCUUCUGAGCCCAUGUACGGCUGUGACAUUUGUGGGGCUGCCUACACUAUGGAGGUUCUCUUGCAGAACCAUCGUUUGAGGGAUCAUAACAUCAGGCCUGGGGAGGAUGACUGUUCUAGGAAGAAAGCAGAAUUCAUCAAAGGUAGCCACAAGUGUAAUAUCUGCUCAAGGACCUUUUUCUCAGAAAAUGGCCUGAGAGAGCACAUGCAGACCCAUCGAGGCCCAGCUAAGCAUUACAUGUGCCCCAUCUGCGGGGAACGCUUCCCAUCGCUCCUGACCCUGACGGAGCACAAAGUCACUCACAGCAAGAGUUUGGAUACAGGGACGUGUCGGAUCUGCAAAAUGCCACUGCAGAGCGAGGAGGAAUUCAUCGAGCACUGCCAGAUGCAUCCAGAUCUCAGGAAUUCCCUCACAGGGUUUCGCUGUGUUGUCUGCAUGCAGACGGUCACCUCUACCCUGGAGCUGAAAAUUCAUGGGACGUUCCAUAUGCAGAAAUUGGCAGGAAACUCUGCAACCUCAUCGCCUAACGGCCAGGCCUUGCAAAAACUCUACAAGUGUGCGCUGUGCUUGAAGGAGUUCCGGAAUAAGCAGGACUUGGUAAAGUUGGAUGUGAACGGCCUUCCCUAUGGCCUGUGUGCUGGAUGCAUGACCAGGAGCACCAAUGGACAGUCCUCAAGCUUGACUCCACAGGAGGUGAACGAGAGGCCGUGUGGCAGCCUGAGGUGUCCGGAGUGUAGUGUCAAAUUUGAAAGUGCUGAAGACUUAGAGAGCCACAUUCAGGUAGACCACCGAGACCUGACACCCGAGACCAGUGGCCAAAGGAAAGGUACCCAGACGUCCCCUGUUCCCAGAAAAAAGACCUAUCAGUGCAUCAAGUGCCAGAUGACCUUUGAGAAUGAGAGAGAGAUACAAAUCCAUGUCGCUAACCAUAUGAUUGAGGAGGGCAUCUUUUGGAAUUUUGAAUUGCCUUUUUUUGGCUGUGGAGAGAAGUUAAGGAAAUCUGUGCUUAAAUAGCGCAAUGAUAUUGGUAAUUCUGCAUGGAAAAUAUUUUCAGUGAGGUAGAUUAAGGAGUAGAGCAAGAAGCACAUGUAGAGAAAACUGUGGAAGGUUUGAAAAUCCACGUGGUAUGAGUUAUAAUGCAGACCCUUUCAAACAGUCUCCAAAAGCAUUCACCCAGUAUCUCUACCAUGUCCCUGCAUGUAAUGAAACAACUGGCAGAGAGCAUUCUUUUCAUAAAGCAUUGGCUGUUAGUGUCUUUCAUACUGGAUCAGGGAAAGAGUUCAGAGGACCAGAUAUUGCUGAAGAAUCUCUCCAAUUUUCCCUUUGGAGCUAUGCUUCUAGGGCUUUUAAAGGUUUAUGUAUUUAACAUUGCAAAUCUUCAUUUUAGAUUUUCAUUUGCUGCUUGGGAUUUUUAUUAAUUUUGCAGUGUUCAUUUAAGAUGAUCCAGCCCUUUAUACCAUUUCCAGCUUGAAAUAUUAGUUCAGAGAUAAGCUUUAUUAUUAAAUGCUUAAUCUUGAACACUUGUCUUAUUUGGUAAGAAUUAUCUCUGAGAAGUAGGCAAAGAGAAGUUGAUUGCUGUGGUUUUAAAGUAGCUGUAACUGGAGUAGCCCAAGUACUAGUUUGCAAAGGUUGGCAUCCCUUCAGUUUGCCAUCACAGCAGCUGGACUUCAUUAAGUGCUGGUGUUAAUUACUGGGAGAGUGUUGCUUCAGUAUGUGAGCAACAACACUUGGGGUGACACACGAAGUAGGAAAAGGGUCACCUUGAAAUAGAAGCUUUAAAAAAACCCAACAGGCAAGGCAGGGCUGCCACUGAUUUUGUAACUGCAUUUAGUUCAAAGUUUUUCAGCAAACAGGGAAAUCAGCAUUACUGUGCAGCAGUGAGGAACGGCUUAACUGUGUGUGCCAUUGAGGAGGGAGGAACGGAGGCGAGUGCUGGGGAACUUGCCCCGUAAGAAAGGAAGACAUGAAUGUCAUAUUUUCUGUGCAUGUUGUGUGUAAGAGAGGGAAAAUUCUUUCU